AUGUACCUCUUUCAAAGAAACAUUCAAGAAUUGGUGUUGUCUCCGAGUCGAGCUAUGGCUGAUCAAGACGCUUUUGCGGCAGCCUGCUUUUCUCAUUUCUACAGACCCAGCGCUAGCCCUUCGCCUAUCCUAACGCAGAAUCCUCCUGCUCGUGGCACGACUUUGCAAAUCGAUAGUUCUAACCUGAAUUCGGUCAACACAAUCUCAGAAGGACAACAGCAAAAAAAUCAUCUGAAAAAGAUCGCUUCGAAAUUCGAGAGAAAAUCUAUUACUGCAAAGAUGGUAGCCGAAUCACUCAAGCUUUUCGUGAGACGGACGCGUCAUGUCGGACGUGCUAAAAUGAAUAAUAUUCUCCAAGCGCUCCGGACGAAUGACAAAGAAAACUCUGGCCAGGAACAGGACAGACGUCUACCAAUCAUCCGAGCUAAUUCAUCCAUGAAGGCGCAAAAAUAUGAGAGUGGCAUUCCAGAGGGAUUUGCGAGUCCGUCAAGCAGAUCCUCAACACCUUGUUCCUCAAGCCCCUCAAGUUCGGCAGACUUGGAUACUGAAGUCAUUCAUACUAUCGAUACAGAUACUGAACUACCUUCCGAGACUGUCACAAAACACGCUCCGAAGUCGCAUGUGUCUGCAAAGAUGUAUACAGACCAGUUGAACGAUGAAAACAUUUCAGGAGAGGAGUUGAUCAGCCAACUACGGUCACAUCAGAUCCAGUGGGCAGCGAUGAUCGAGCUUGAAAAAAUGGAUCCUUCUGGUAUCCUAAGAGGAAUGAGUGCCCGUCAAAUCCGUAGACUCAUCCAACAAAAGCGAAGUGAGGCAUGGCUUACCGAGACAGACGGACCCCUUUACGAGAGUACUGAAGAACACUUUUCAGAAGAUAUGAUGAGCCAAAGCUCAGAAGAGUCCUGCACACGCUACUACCCCGCGUUGGAACCCACAGAAGACGAAGAUUGGAGCCAAUACUUCUAA